AUGAAGUCCAAGUCCAAGCUUAUAGUUCUCCUCGCUGCGUUAAGUCCUAUGGUCAUACAACAAAGCGUCGAGCACGCGGGCCCCAGGGAGUCGGCGCCAGCCCUCGGCGGGCGGAGGGACGAGGCCGCGCCUUUCUCCGCCCCAGCAGCGGGCAGGGCCUCCGGGUUCGGGCGGCACGGGGUGGGGCUUGGUAGGCGACCCCGUAGCCUACUUCCGGUUCCUAGGGAUGCGCAUCCGGGUCGCGCUCAGGCCGCGGUGUCCGCCCCUCUGUUGGUUCCAGAGCGGGUCCGAGGCGGUCCCUUGCGGCGCCGCGGGGCGUCUGCAGCCUCUGUUUGUGAAGACUGCAGAGACCUGCAGUCCAGUCACUUAAGAUUGUGGUCCUCAUGGAAGAAGAACAAGACCCACCAGAGCAACCGUCAAGUAAACAACCCGGAUGUCAGUGAUCAGAAGCCUGAGACAUCCAGCCUUGCAUCAAAUCUUAGCAUGUCAGAAGAAAUUAUGAUUUGUACGGAUUACAUCCCUCGUUCAUCCAGUGAUUAUACCUCACAAAUGUACUCUGCAAAGUGCACUGUGGCCAGGUGUGAAAGCUGGAAGUGCUUUAAUGCAGACUCCAUCUCCAAGUCGACACAGUGUUCUUACCUGCACUACAGGGUUAGCCACAGGCCAGCCACGCCCGCACAUUAUUCUCAUCCCAGUCAAGCUUCAAGCACAAAUGCCAGCCUGAUAUCCACUUCAUCCGCAAUUGCCAAUAUUCCGGCAGCAGCUGUGGCCAGCAUCUCAAAUCAGGAUUAUCCUACCUAUACUAUUCUUGGACAGAAUCAGUAGCAGGCCUGCUACCCUAGCUCCAGCUUUGGAGUUGCAGGCCAAACUAACAGUGAUGCUGAGAAUACCACAUUAGCGGCUACCACGCACCAGACAGAGAAGCCUAGUGCUGUAGUACCAGCCCCACAGCGGCUUCCCUCUGCAGACUCGUCUACAAGCCCGUCUUUGUCCCAGAAUACACCAAAUAAAGAUGCUGAUGAUCAGUCCCGGAAAAACAUGACUGUCAAGAACCGAGGCAAGAGGAAAGCCGAUGCCGGUUCUUCCCAGGACAGUGAAUUAGAACGGGUAUUUCUCUGGGACUUGAAUGAAACCAUCAUCAUAUUUCAUUCCCUUCUUACUGGAUCCUGUGCUCAGAAGUAUGGAAAGGAUCCAACAGUAGUAAUUGGCUCAGGUUUAACAAUGAAAGAAAUGAUUUUUGAAGUGGCUGAUACACAUCUGUUUUUCAAUGACUUGGAGGAGUGUGACCAGGUGCAUGUGGAAGAUGUGGCUUCUGAUGACAAUGGCCAGGAUCUGAGCAACUGUAGUUUCUCAACAGAUGGUUUCAGUGGUUCAGGAGGCAGUGGUAGCCAUGGUUCAUCUGUGGGUGUUCAGGGAGGCGUGGACUGGAUGAGGAAACUGGCCUUCUGAUACCUGAAAGUGAGAGAAAUCUACGAUAAGCAUAAAAGCAGUGUGGGUGAGGAAGGGUUCAGUGAAGACAGUGCAGAUGAAAAAAGUAGAGUGACCAAGGCACUUAAUGCCUCCGUGAGGCUUUUCUCCCUGGACAUCUGCAGCAGUGUCAUUCUGACUUGCCAAAGCCAGAUGAUCAAGAACGCUGAAGGUUAUGCUUAUGGAGACUUAGCACAGCCUGGAGUUCACCAGUCCAUAAUGUUGGGAUGUGAGAAAACUGUGGAGCAGCUGUGGUGUGCACAGAUCCAGCCAAUGUAA